AUGAUAUUUGCAUAUCAUCUAUGCACAUGUUCCUGUGUAUUGUUAUCUCUAAGUGUCUUAUAAGACCUCUGUAUAUAAUGUAUAUGUAUAACUGUACUGUUUGGCACUAAUGACAAGGGAAAAUGUCUGCAUAUUCAGCACUGAAUUCCCAUUCCCAUCCCCCACAUAUUUGGUACAGUUUGCUGAAUCCACUCGAGGCAAGGCAGACUGAUGUGCAGCAUCUGCCUGGCACUCUGUCUGCUUAUUCAGAAUACAAAGGAAAAUAUUUUCCUUGGAGUUGGUAAAGAGAGGAAAGCAUUGAAGGAAACUGGCCUCUCCAGCAAGGUGUUUAGUUAGCCAGAGGUGAAGGGGGUGCAGAGUGCUUUGUUCCUUAUUCAUCGCAGCAGGUGGUUCCUGGUGUGUUCACACCAUUUGACUUGGACAGGCUGCACAGGCUGGCUCUGACCUGGGUUCGGUCCCCAGCUCCGAAAGAAAGGAAAAAAAAAUCUGGGUUCUGAUGCCUUCCUCACUCUGCUUGAUCAGCCCCAUGAAGGGCUCUGCCCCCUGAUGUGAGAUACCCUGUGGUGGUGUGCCUCAGAGUUUAAGAGCACUCCCGUAGAGGAAGGGCACCUUUCUGAUCUGAGCAGAAUUUUACCUUCAUACCUAGAGGAUAGAGAGAGAGUCUCCUGAAAAACUAUGGAAUCCAGCUUAUGCUGCUCUCUGUUCUACUCCUGGGAAGAAAUAGCAAAGCUGAGGAACUCCCUUACUGUCCACCUGAUCGAGGCCACCUGCUCCUGCCUUCCUUUCAUUGGUCUCAGUCCAGUUCAGCUUCCCGUUUUCUCUGCAGCUCACAAUUUUUAAACUGUAGCCCUAACACAUCAAAACUAUAGUCCUUUGCUAUUUAACAGUCUACUAAGACAUGGCAGCCCAUUAGCUGCUGCAACAUUUUAGUCAACACAAGCUCCUGCCAAUCCAGGAUGCCUCUUACUGGGUUUCUGGCCUAUAAAAAACCUGCCUUAAAGAGACUGGCUUUUAUGAUGCAUUUAACUUUCAUGUGCUUUUCCAGAUCCAUCACCCUUCUUUCUUUCUGCCUGUAACCGAACCAAAGCUGAAGCUUCCUUCUGCCCUGGCUUUCACUUCCUAGGGGUCCUUCCUAGACAGUAAUGUCUCCCCAGUUUUUUGUUUGUUUGUUUGGUAGAUUUGUCUUGGGUUUUUAUUCAUUUCAAACUCUUCAUUGAAGCCCAAGCAGAUCCCAGAAUGUGCUUUCUAGCCAACAUACUCUUCAUUUCCUGUUUUUCCUGCCUCUAUUUCCUGUUUGCCACUUACUCUGUGCCCAGGGAUUGGUUGGACUUAAUGGGUCCUAGGCAGGCACCAACUGAACUACAUCCCAGCCCUCCUUUUUUCUUUGGGGGUUUUGGGUUUUGGUUUUGAGACAGGGCCACUCUGUAGUGAGGACUGGCUUCAGGUUUAUGACAAAUUAUGUAGUCCACUAUUUGAAGGCUGAGGUUUCAAGUCCUAGGAUUACAAGGAAAAGCCAUUAAUAUUCACUAAAUUCUGUCUCUUUAAUUUAUUGGUUUUUCUUUUAUGUGUAUGGAUGUUUUGACUUUAUAUAUACCAUGUCCUUGCCUAGUGCUCACAGAGGUCAUCAUCGAACUACAUAUAAUUGUAAACUGCCAUGCCAGUGCUUGAAACCAAACUCCAGUUCUUUGCAAGACCAACAAUAACAUUUACCUGCAGUUAUAAAGGGUAUGACGCUGGUGUGUAGCUCUACGGUGGAGAGCUUGCCCAGUGUAGCAUGCACGUACAGAAUGGGUUCCAUCCACACACCUGCAAAAGGAAUGCAUUAGCUGGGUUUGGUAGUGCACGCCAGGCUUCCCAGCAAUCUGGAGGCUGAAGCUAGGGAUUGUGAGUUUGAGACGAGCUUAGCCUACAUAGUGGGUUUCAAGGCCAGCCAGACUUCAAAGUGAGACCCUAUUUCAGAAAACAAAAGGUUGUAUGCAAACAAGAAGCAUAUGAGUGAUCACAGCAUGUGGGAAAUGGCACACACACCCUCCUUGUACAUAACCUCUCUUGCAGGUGCUGCUGCUGUAGUUGUCAACAGCCACAUUCAUCCGGCCAGAGCGCUGACUUAGAUCCCAUGCUAGCCCUCUCCUCACACUUGCCAUCUGCCCUAGUGUGUUCUGCUAGCUAACAAGGCUGUUGUACCUUCACAGAGAUGGCUGCUCAGGCCUUGCAGGAUACACACUAGUCUGACAUCUGAAUGAUAGGGAGUCCCCAGUUACCCUGCCCUAUGACUGUAUUAGUCCUAAUACUUCUCAGCUGUGUCUAAUACCCCAUUAGCAACCAGGUGAGGGGACGUCUGGUCCAGUGUACGACCUCUAAAGCCUGAUCCAAACUCAGACUGUAAAGUGCAGUGUGGCAAGGACUGAAGGAGGGCUUAACGCCUGCUGGCACCUCUGACCAUGUGAAAGAGCUGCAGCAGGGACAAGAAGGGAGGGACUGAACUCUGAUAAAACCCCAAGGACAGAGCAGCUCCUGCAGACGGCAUUGUAUGCCAACUCUGCCCACAAUUCACUGGAAACCCAGCCUCUGUCCUUUAUUCCAGAGAAGGCAGAAAGAAGGUCCUUCCUGAGAGCUGCAUCUGCCUGUGAAGGCCCCACAACCUGUGUCCUGGGAGCUGUCGUGGAUGAUCGCCUGCAGGAUGUCCAGCCAGGACCUGAGCAUCACUGCAAAACUCAUCAAUGGAGGUAUAGCAGGUCUCGUGGGGGUGACCUGCGUGUUCCCCAUUGACCUUGCCAAAACCCGACUGCAGAACCAGCAAGGGAAAGAUGUGUACAAAGGAAUGACAGAUUGCCUGGUGAAGACUGCACGUGCCGAGGGCUUCUUGGGCAUGUACCGAGGGGCUGCAGUGAACCUCACCCUGGUCACUCCAGAAAAAGCAAUCAAGUUGGCAGCCAAUGACUUCUUGAGGCAGCUGCUCAUGCAAGAUGGGACCCAGCGGAACCUGAAGAUGGAGAUGCUGGCCGGAUGUGGGGCUGGAAUAUGCCAGGUGGUGAUCACCUGUCCCAUGGAAAUGCUCAAGAUCCAGCUGCAGGAUGCCGGCCGCUUAGCUGUCUGUCAGCAGGCUUCUGCCUCAGCCACGCCCACCUCCCGGCCCUACAGCACUGGCUCGACUUCCACCCACAGGCGCCCAUCGGCCACCCUCAUUGCCUGGGAGCUGCUCCGCACUCAGGGCCUCUCUGGUCUCUACAGGGGACUGGGUGCUACUCUCCUCAGAGACAUUCCUUUCUCCAUCAUCUACUUCCCUUUGUUUGCAAACCUGAACCAACUUGGGGUCAGCGAGCUCACUGGCAAGGCCUCCUUCACACACUCCUUUGUGGCAGGCUGUGCAGCAGGCUCUGUCUCGGCCGUAGCUGUCACCCCUCUGGAUGUUCUGAAGACUCGAAUCCAGACCCUCAAGAAAGGCCUGGGUGAGGACACCUACAGGGGAGUCACUGACUGUGCCAGGAAACUCUGGACCCAGGAGGGAGCAGCAGCCUUCAUGAAGGGAGCAGGCUGCCGUGCCCUGGUCAUAGCCCCCCUCUUCGGGAUUGCCCAGGGUGUCUACUUCAUCGGCAUUGGAGAGCGCAUCUUAAAGUGCUUUGAAUAAUUGAUGUGUUACUUCUUGCUGUCACCUCUGGCCCUAGGGAACCAGGCGGCAGUGCUGAAGUUUAGGAUGCCCACCCUGAUGUAGUACAUGGUCUCUAACUUGUAGUGCUACCUCAGAAGAAAUGACCCAUUUUACUAAGUGAGUAGAGCCCUCAUCUCCCUUUAUAACUAAGCUUUGUGGUUCGGCCUACCAGGGAUGUUCAGAAGCCCCAACCACCUAUGUCCAGCAAUAGAAUUGGCCUUGUGUAUUAUGGCAGGACCGUGUACAGUAAGACAGAAGGGCUGUUCCACCCUAACAUUCCCACCGUAGGCGAGUGCAGCACAGACCCGUCCUGUGAGGGUUUACUGUUAAUGCUAGCCCUGAUGCUGUAACAGGUCAGAAGUGUCCCUGGGCUGACUGUGCACCCUCCCGAGCAUCACCCAUAGUGAGGCGAGCCUGAAUGAGCACUUGGCAGCUGUCCUGCCAGAUUCCCAUCCUGAAGUACGGGCCCAGAUCCCUCCGAAUGGAUGCUUGUGCAACAUGCUCUGAAAUAAAGCUGGUUAAAUCCUUGUCCUGUGAUCAGCACAGCAGUGAGCACAACACAGAGUGACAUUCUGCAGAACCAAGCUGUAGCUUCUAGGGCCCCGCAGUCCACACUAUCUUCCCACUGCUGCUCAAGAGUGAGAGUGGUUGGGGGCCAAUUUUACACUGGAGUUUGGCUUUUUUAAAAAAUAAUUAUGCACUAAUUUA